UUGGUUGACUCUCUCAUUCAUCAAUAUUGAAAGAAAAGAGUGGGUCAAUUUGUUGACGGUUGCGAACCUAAGCAAGUUUAUAUAUCUUGACGCAGUAAUUCCCUACAGAACAUAAAUUUGUAGCCAUUUGGACUUAAUUGUUGCAGUGUUGAAGACCGUAGUAAAAUUUCAAGAUGGGUUGUGGAACGAAAAUGGUGAAAACUCUAAUGUUUGUCGCAAAUGUUUUAUUUGCGCUUGCGGGAUUGGCAUUAAUUGCACUAGCUGCCUACGUGAGAGUGGAAGACAAUGAUUAUAACAGCGUAUUUGGAAAGGGAGGACCAUUUGCACCUGCGAAUAUCAUGAUUGCUGCAGGUGUUAUCGUGUUCAUCAUUUCAUUCUUAGGCUGCGUUGGAGCAAUUAGACAGAGCAAAUGCAUGUUAAUCAUGUUUAUUGUAUGCAUCGUGAUCGUGUUGUUGUGUGAAACAGCACUCAUUGUGUUGGCGUUUGUCUACAAAUCAGAAGCCAAAAAAUACGCCACAGAUGCUAUUGUUGAAGCAAUCAGGGAUACGUAUGGAGAAUCGGGUCAGAGUGGCAUUACAACAGCUGUCAACAACAUUCAGACUAAUUUCAAAUGCUGUGGUGCAAAUAACUAUACUGAUUGGUUGGGAUCUAAAUGGGUGAAAGCCAACCCUACCUUGAGGGUGCCAAAAAGUUGCUGUGCUGAUACAAAUUUCGCUUCAUGCCAAAAUGCAUCGAUGCCUGCAACACACAUCCAUUCCAAGAAUUGUGUAACGGAACUGACUGACUGGGCUGAGAAGAAUUUGACAAUGGUUGGAGGUCUAGCCUGUGGUGUGGUCGUAAUAGAGCUCCUUGGAAUAAUUUUUGCAGCCAUAUUGAUCAAUAAAGCAGACAGUGUUCAUGUCAUGUGAUCAUGUAAUAUGUUUGUCAUAUGAUCAAACAUUAACCCUUUUAAGAAGAAAUUAAGAUUCCUGUUAAACGAGAUCCGGGAAGGAGCAUUUUCAAUUUAAUCGACCUCAGAAAACGCUAUUUCAAGGUUAUAUUUCUGAUACAAAACAUUUGUGCCUCAUCCAUAAUAGCAUAGCACAUUUUAUUGCCUUCUUUUUAUAUUUAAGACAAAUCAAAUUAAUUGUUUGCUAAUAUUAUUAUCACUAAAAGUGUAUUCCAAAAAGUGAAUUUGCAAUAUUCUCAUGUAGCACCUUGCAGUAUUGAACUGAUUGAAAAUUUUGCAACAUGAAAACCAUUCUUUAUAUUCAAAAUGCAUGUUGUAACUUUAUGCAUAUUGAAUAUUCUCCUCUUCCACGAAAGGAUCUCAGCAUUAACUCUGUAUGUUUCAAUAAAUUGUUAAAAGCCAUUUACCAAACGACAUUUUCAGUCUAUUUAUAUGAAUAAUAUCGACAAGAGGUUUUGUAGAAGUAUUAAAUUUGAAUGAAGACCUAAAAAAGAAAUACCGAAGUUAUGUCUAAAUUCUACGAGAUUUCUAUUUGUAAGUGAAUUAAAUGAUUUGAAUGAUAAUAAGAAUUUCUGUCGCAAACAAGUUCUCAGAUAACCUGAUGGUGUCUUGAAUUUUGGUUGUUAACUUGAAAUUUGGUUUUUGGUUGUGAAUUUUGGUAGUCUUGCUUUCAAGAAUAUAGGCAAUGGAGAAUCCUUUAGGUUUUUGGACUGUUGUUCCCCAGGAAUUUUCGCUACGCAAUUAAAAAGUUGAUUAAUUGACAAAUAAAAAUGAAAAAAAGUAGUUAUCUCUAAGAUAGAGCCGCAGCUACCAAAUGGGCUGUGACAUCCUUGCCUAAAUUUUCGGAUUGCUGGCUAAAAAGUCCCUUAGUUUGUAGGUGAAUUCACCCAUAGGUAGGUAAAAUAAGAAAUAUAUUAACGUAUGAUGUUAGCUUGCCCUGGCAAGGAAGAAAGUAUGUUAUCCGUGACAGUUAUUCACUUUUCGAUUUGUUGUUCUCUGUUCAAUAAUCUUUGCAGUGUUUUUAAUUCAUUGCUUAUCGUAAAUUUUGUUUUAUCAAUUUUUUUGAUCAACUUCUUUUAUAAAUUGCAGCGUUCGAUAUAUGUGAUUUACAAACCUUUUUUAUCGGAUUUUUUAUUUGGAUAUCCUGUGCUAUCAUUUUUGGAGAAAAAACUGCAUGUCGCUAUUGUCAUUACUAAAAGGUUUUCUAGAGUCUCGAUUACAUCGAUGCAUACAAAAAGUGAAUCAAUAAACAAUUAAGAUAACUGUAAAUAAAGAUUUCUGAAAAAUGCCCAAUUACACUACAUGGAAACUCAACCAGCUUUACUAUUGUAAUUGAAGUAAAUAAUGUACAUAUAAUGAUAGAUGUAUAGGCCGAAAUGACCCUUAAUCUACUACAACAUAACAAACAUCGUAAUUUUAAAUGGAUAAUUAAAAUUGCUACAUCUAAAAUAUUACCUCAAAUGGCUACAAGAAUCAUAACAGCUUAAAUAUACAACAGCACUGAUCAGCACAAUUUUUUCAAAAGGUCUGAUAAUUUUCACGCUUUUGGAAUGCUUGCCUUCAAGGAUUUGAAUCAAAUCAGUAUCUUCUUGACUCAUCAUCCAAAUAAACUUGUAUUCAUGACUAAGAUUUUUUAUAUUGGGAUACGUCUCUUUAAUUUUCACCAACAUUUUAUUCCUGUCUUCAGAGUAAAGGGGGUAGACCAUUACAAAGUGAAAUUCGUCUUUAACAGGGGCGGAUCCAGAGCAAAUUUGAAGGAGGGGCAGUUGAUGGUGGGGGCGCUGAAAAAUUUUCAAAAAUGGAUGACAAGAGAACAAUUUCAGAUCCUUUUUUGGAAUAAACAACAUAACUUUGAGGUAAUCCUUGAAGAAAAUUAACUUAUCGGUCUCAAAAACUUUUUCACCUGAUUCCCAUCCUUCAAAAGGGGCGCACAAUUUCCAAAGAAGGGGCGCCAGACUUGCUUCAACUCGUUGAGGGGAGGGCAACUGCCCCUAGCUGCCCCCUCUUUUAAUCCGCCACUAGUCUUAAAUAGCGUGGAUGGAGAUCGAAUCGCCAUAUCUGCAGAUUCUUUCAUCCUUGGGGGUAGGCUUGUUGCCAUUUCUGCCAUUAUCAAUAUGCAAAUUGUGCUUAAUUACAAAGGAUCAGCGCCAUUAACAAGAUAUCUAAGGAAUAGAUAUAAGCAAUGGGGAAUUCUCAAGAAAACCUAAACAAUAUUAUUAUCACGUCUGUUGCUGUAUACGAUAUGAAUUAAAUAACACAUUCCUUCUCCAGUUUCAUAUCUGCAGUGACGUUUUGAUUCACCUAAUUCCCGCUAAUUUCAAAGAGAAGUUUUUUGGGGAGUGUAAUAUUUUGCGAAUCUGAAGGUUGGAGUUUUUGUGUAGGUACCCUUGGUUCCAGAGCGUUGACACUCUGAUUGUUCCAGUCACUUUAGACAAAUAAUUCCAACCACAUGUGUGCUUGUGGGCCCGGACUGUAAGACUGUCAAAAGCGCCUUCGCAUCAAAUUGAAAGCGCGGGAAAUCUGAAAACGAGGCUGGAGUGCACGUAUGUUUUUUUAUAAAUGUUCCAAAAAAAUUUGGAAUUUACAAUGUGUCCAGGCUAAACUUGUCAUGAAAAACCAUUUCUGGAGGAACAGAGAAACAGAAUAAACGUGUGGACAUUCAUUCAGGCGGCUGGAGAUUUAUUUGCUUGAAUAUGCUCAGUUGAAAGGCAGAUGACAAAUUCCUUCAGUAUGAGUUUGCUUCAAUAUGCUCACUUGAAAGGCGGAUGACAAAUUCCUUCAGUAUCAGGUAUGUUGGCUUUUUUACCUCUUGUUUCUCUACAUAAGGCAGUCAAGAGGGAUUGUUUUUAACUAUUCGUUAUUGGGCCACUGAAAAUGGUUGCAGUUACAGACAGUUUUAUUCUACAGUGAAAAGUUUUACUUAUAAAAAUGUUUGGACAUUGGGUUUAGUUGAAGAUAUAAUUCAAAUGGAAGAUGAAGGUUACAUUCGCUAACGACUAAUUGACAACCACAAUACUCAGAUCGGAACUUUGCAAUUAUUAAAGUUUGUCUACUUCUCAAGAAUAUCAAGGUGAAAAACGCUAAAAGUACAGCAUAUUCUUAGCAAAAGAUAAAAACAGCAAAAUUGAUGGUACCCCCUUUUCUUCUUAAUACCUUCCUCUUUCCCUCUUUUACUUGCUUAGGGCUUUGUUAUAGUGUGCGGGGCCUUUCCCUAACAUUAUCCACUAAAAACAAACACAAAUCCUUGUAAAGGAGGAUGUGACACCCCUGAUUCUUCAUGAGUUGGUCGGAAAUUCUUCCACAAAAUCCUUAGUUUGCUGCAAAAUUGUUUGUCGGGAAGUCAAUUAGCCCCUAAACUUUCUUCAUCUGUCUUCGCCGAUAUCACUUGGGAAUCUCACGGAGGUGUCUGCAAACAAUGACAAAAAGAUGUUUGAUGACGUCAUUGCAAAAUGGACCCAGUUAUUCGAUACUGACCAGCUAUAAAAAUCUGGAAAGCAAUGUCACACUUACACAAACUAACUGGAUGAGACUGGUUGAAGAUCACGUUAUUUAUUACACCAAAUUCGUCAGCUACUGGUUAAAGAACUGUUUCUACCAAAAGCCUUUUUCGGUGAGUAGGAUAAACUUUUCAUGUUUUCUGUCACCCUUUUUAAAAAAUACUUAUUUUUAUGAUGAUAUGUUUUCGUCAUAAGCAUUGCUUUCAUCUUCCUUGAAACUUUAAUUUUUUCAUUAAUUUGUUUGUUGUUAUCCGUUACUCUCUUGUAAUUCAAUUGAACUUUCGAGUUGAAGUGUCAAGAAAAAAUCUAACUUUGAUGUCAAAAAUCGAAGACUAAUUGAUGUGAAUAGCUUCCUUAUCAUAUAAUAUCUUAUAAUAAAAUUAAAUAUUCAUCAAUUUGCAUCUACAUAUUUUGAAUUAAGGAUAUUGUAACCUGGUAGACUAUUAGUCCUGGAUACUUUUUUUGGCAAGGUUGAUACGAGGGUCUUCAAAGGGCAGGAGGUUGGAAUCCACCGUACCACGCAACUCUAGUUGAAAUCCUCCGUUCAAAGGAGGUUGAAUCCACCGUACCACGCAACUCUAGUUGAAAUCCUCCGUUCAACUAUAUAUUACCUUCGCCCUUCCAACAUCUCCUUCGCAGUUUAGGUUUACCCUCGCAGUAUAACGAAUGCCUUACUGAUUUGACAAAAAAGACUAUUGGAAAGUCUAUAUUAGGGAUAUUUUAUAUCGAGACAGGGAGAAGCGUGUGGAAUCAAUAAUCUUUAGUGCAGUAUCUUCGUUGUUUAGUUGCGAAUAGCCCCUCUCAAUUACAUAUGUCUUUACAUAUGUCUUUUAAUCAAAAGACGGCCUAUUCUGAGUAUGUAAAUAGCUGUUGAAUUUAAAGCAGUUACCUCUUUCUGUAUAUUAUUGAUUGCUUCUGUGAUCGGGCCAUUUCCUUUCAAACCGUACGUUUUUUGAAUUGCUUUCGUAACCGCAUCCUUAACAUACUCUUCCGCCUAAAUAAAAAGGUAAAAAACAUCCACGAUGUCAUGUUUGCUUUAUAUAUAGUCAUUCGGAGUACAUAUAUGGGCAUUGGUAUAUUGUCAUGCAUGGACAAGAAUAAACGGUUAUAGAAGUAGAGUUGAAUCCCGUUAACGGCUGUUGUACAACCGGCAUGCUUUGCGGCAGCUGUCUUGGGAUAUUGAAUGUGUUUUGUAUUUCCAUGCAGUACGAUAUUAUGCCAGGUUUUAGAAUUACAUUCGCAAAACGUCCCGGUUGCGCAAGAGCCAAAGCUUACCUCGAAACUCAUUUUCUAUUCCCAUUGGAUUUUUCCUGCACUCUUUAAGACAAAAGUUGUACCCCAUGUUAGUCGGACAGUCACUUAGUCGGGCCCUAUCCUUACCUCCGUUGUAGGUAUCUAAAUUGACAUAAUUUUAUGGAAAGUCAAGUAAAAAAAAUUAGAUAAAUUAUAAUUGGUCGCCUGUUUUAAGAUGAGGUUAUUGCCACUUUGUUAUUCCCUCGAAGGCUCCAGGCUCCAACAUGACUUUCAGAGAAGCCUGAAACAUACAUUUCACUAAGAGAUAAUUCAGGGUUAUUUUUGGAGACCAAAAAGCGAAAGUUUUCAAAUGUGUGGGUUAUCCCCCAUCUUGAUGUUAAAGAAAAUGUUUUAAAAUGAUUAUGUCGCAUGUGCAUGCUUAUUGAUCCCGCGAAUAGGGGUUAACUCACUCGGUAGAAGACUCUCUCUUAUUCGUCUCCUUAACAAAUAAACAAAGAAAUCGAAUUGACGUACCUUUCCCUUGAAGGCAAAAGCAACGGAAACGCAGCCGAUUUCAAACAACAUAAUCACACCAACGAAUGCCAUGUACUAGAAGGAAAAUGCUUUAACGUUGUUUACAGAUGCAGUAUAAAAGCGGCCGAUUUAGCACCCUGGGCACCAUGGCCACAAAAUUUUGAGCACGUAAACAUAAUGCGAAGCAGAGAAGCGGAGGAGCGGCUAGAAGAGAAGACUCCUAUCUCCUCCACUCCUAUCUUCUGUUUCCGCUCUCGAAUUUAUGUCUCUGGUACUCAGGGUACCGAUUUAAGGCCUACGAUCAUUUUAGCGCUUUCGUUUGCGCGCUUGGUGCUACCAGUGAACAAAAUCACUGCGACAAAAGUUCUCUAAAGAAAGCGUACGAAUGGGCGCAACGCAUCCGUGAACGACAUGACUUUAGUCGAAAUAAACCUUAGGAUAACGGUUUUUCAGUUUUUUACGCCAUCAUUGUGCGGUAAGUUUAUUCAAAUGUAUACUUAGCUUGACCCCUGUUAGCAGAUGAGUCCACAUAACGGACACUCCUCCAGAUUCCUCACUACAACGAAUAGUAACUCUUGCUUAGCGGGUUGCAACUUUUGUAUAACUGGUUGGCGUGCCCGUAACAACUUGCAUUAUUACACCAGGUUAAUCUUGAGGUAGGUAUCUAUCUCAAAAUUAACCUGGUCUAUAAGGCGCAACUUUAAAGGCAGCGUGUCCGUACAACUAGCAUUCUUUGAAUAGGGGAGAGGGGGCGUAGCUGGUUCUAUAAAACUCUGUGGUCUAAUGAAGCUUGGUCUACAAACCAAUCAAAUCACAGAGCUUAGGACGAUGGCGUCUAUGAAUCACAGAAUUUCUGUCAAAAUGUGAUCAGCAGUUUAAGUGAUUGCACAAUUUAGGCCGUAGAUGCCCCAACCCCAAACUUUUGGGUUGGCCGGCAAAUAAAAACAGUUUCUAGAUUCUAAGUUUGUUACUUAUUUUACCAAUGUUUCUAAACUUUGAAGAUUAAUAAAAAACGGCAAAUCAAUUCAGCCUUAAAGUGUAUUUCAUCCCUGCCAAAAAGGUUGUUUGUGUAUCUCUUCUAAAUUGCGCAAGAUUUCACUGAACUAGUCUCUUCCCAUUAAAGUUACAAUAAGAUCAAUAGGCUUUUCAGUUCAGAAAAUGGAUGUAUAGCCUUACCAGAAGCAGACAACACUUGUUUUCUUUGCAUGCCCCACAUAUUCCUAGAAAUGCCACAAGGAAAAUCGCAAUGCCUCCAACGAGAAUCACCGUUGAAGGAGUCUGGAUUCCAUUUGAACCCAAAACAGUGUCGUAAUCACCACUUUUGUAUCUGAUCCAACCAGCUAAGGCCAUAACAGCAGUACCUAAAAC